GUGUGUUUAACUUGGGAGAAUGGAUUUAGAGAUACGACAAUUUCAAUUUUUCGUCGUGUAAUGUCGGGGACAGUACAUUGACAGUUAUCGGUGGACAGUCUUCGUUGCUGCGUGAUAAUUUCGAUAUUUCGGUGUGAAAAUCUAUACAAAAACUCCAAAAAUGUCGUUCGCACUAAGAAGUACUGCACGCCUGGCCAGUUCGGUCCGUCCGGCAUUGCUGACAGCAUCGGUUCGUGGUUAUGCUGAUGAAAUGGCCUUCACCCUGGCCGCCGCCAACAAAGUCUUCUAUGAUUCUGCAAGCAUUCGCCAAGUUGAUGUACCUUCGUUCAGCGGGGCCUUCGGUAUUUUACCAAAGCAUGUGCCGACAUUAGCCGUGCUUAAACCUGGUGUUGUUACCGUGUACGAGCAGGACGGAGGUGUCAAGAAGGUAUUUGUUUCCAGUGGAACGAUUUCUGUGAACGAAGAUUCCUCCGUUCAAGUGCUAGCCGAAGAAGCUCACCCGGUUGAGGAUCUCGAUGCUGGUGCGUGUCGGGAAAUUUUAUCCAACGCUCAGAGCAAACUUUCAUCCGCUUCAACUGAUGUGGAACGGGCCGAAGCCGGUAUCGCAAUUGAAGUUGCCGAAGCACUCGUUAAGGCUGCCGAGUAAUUCUAAGCUCCAACUGUCAAACAUUUUCUGUAGAUCUAUUUCCUUAAGUGCAAACUACCAAUUUUCUUCUGUUGUGGACAAUUCAAAGAAGUCAAGUCAAUAAAAUCUGGCAAAGUGAUUCAGCAAGUUUAGAACAGUUCA